GUCAUUACAUCUUCCGUUGCUGUCACCACUCGUGCAAUGGCAGACGAUGCGAAAGCGCACGACAAUGGUUUGUCCAAGCCAGCACAUGCUCUAGAACGUCAUGCGAUCGUCGAGGAGUUGAAUGCCAACUCAGAAGACGGGCUCGCCGUUGCUGAAGCCAAAUCGAGGCUGGAAUUUUACGGUCGCAAUGAAUUGGAUGAUGGUCCGGGGGUUCAGCCCUUCAAAAUCCUCUUACGACAGGUAGCGAACGCCAUGAUGCUGGUGCUCAUAAUGGCCAUGGCCGUUUCGUUUGCCAUCCAGUCAUGGAUUGAAGGUGGUGUGAUUACAGGCGUAAUCAUCCUCAAUAUUGUGGUUGGCUUUUUUCAGGAAUUUAAUGCGGAGAAGACCAUGGAUUCCUUGCGAUCUUUGAGUUCGCCCACCGCGAACGUCAUUCGUGGAGGCGAAACAAUCAAUAUUCCAACAGCUGAACUGGUGCCUGGAGAUUUGGUGGAAUUGAAACUUGGCGAUACCGUGCCUGCAGACCUUAGGCUGCUGGAAUCCCUCAAUUUUGAGACGGAUGAAGCUCUCUUGACGGGUGAAUCCCUUCCAGUGGCAAAGGAUGAGGAGACAGUAUUCGACCCGGAAACCGGACCAGGUGAUAGACUGAAUGUAGCUUACAGCUCAUCUACAGUCACAAAAGGGCGUGCACGUGGUGUUUGCUACGCAACAGGGAUGCAGACAGAGAUUGGAUCGAUUGCUGCGGCUCUGCGACAGGGCAAUUCAAGAGUUCGCCCUGUGAAAAGGCGUUCAGACGGCUCAGUGCAUCCAUUACGCUAUGCCGAAUCUUGGACCCUGACCUUUGCCGACGCUAUCGGCCGAUUUCUCGGUGUCAAUGUUGGUACGCCACUACAGCGAAAACUCUCUCGACUUGCGAUGCUUUUGUUUGGGAUUGCUGUGGUAUGCGCCAUUAUCGUCUUGGCGGCCAACAAAUUUUCGGGCAAUUCUGAAGUCGUAAUCUACGCUGUAGCAACCGGUUUAUCAAUGAUUCCUGCAUCAUUGAUUGUGGUCCUGACCAUCACGAUGGCCGUAGGGACGAAAAGAAUGGUCAAACGCCACGUUAUCGUGCGGAAGAUGGAUGCCCUUGAAGCACUGGGAGGAGUGACAGACAUUUGCUCCGAUAAAACCGGGACUCUUACCCAGGGCAAAAUGGUUGCUCGCAAAUGCUGGAUUCCGAGCCGAGGAGUCUAUUCCAUUGGUGUUUCAAACGAACCGUUUAACCCGACGACCGGCGAUCUCAGUUAUAGUGCAAGUGCGCUUCCGACUUCGGACAGAGAGCAUCCGUUCCAAGGCAGUCCACUGGCGUAUAGCGAAGCCAUCGAGGGGAAUGCCGAAUUGACCGAUUUUCUGUAUGUCGCUUCACUCGCAAAUCUGGCGCACGUGCACAAGAACAAGGAAGGCAAGUGGCACGCUCGUGGUGAUCCGACAGAAAUAGCGCUUCAGGUGUUCGCAUCCCGAUUUGAUUUCAAUCGAUCCAAGUUCCUAGACGGUGUAAAGCCACAGUACAAGCAGAUCAGCGAGUAUCCUUUUGAUUCCGAUGUCAAGAGAAUGUCCACCAUAUUUGAGCACACCGGGUCUGGGGAACAAAGGGUCUUCGCCAAGGGCGCUGUUGAGCGUAUUCUGGACUCGUGUGAGACAGUAAAAUGGUCGCUGGAAGAUGACACGGAAGUCAAACUGAACGACGAGAUUAAAGAGGCCAUUUUGGCGAGAAUGGAAGGCCUUGCCUCGGAAGGUCUUCGUGUUCUAGCCCUCGGUAGCCGUGCCUUCGAUUCUCGAGAAGGUCGGAGAGCUAGCCGCGAUAGCCCGCCGCCACGCGAGGAUGUUGAGAGAAAUCUCGUAUUUCAGGGUCUGAUCGGUCUCUACGACCCUCCCCGCCCAGAAUCUGCCGCCGCUGUCAAGAGAUGCCACAGAGCUGGAAUCAAAGUCCACAUGUUAACGGGAGACCACCCUGGCACGGCUCGUGCUAUUGCUAUCCAAGUUGGCAUUCUGCCAGAUAUGGGCCUCAUCAGUGAUGUGAUGGCCAAGGCGAUGGUCAUGACUGCGACAGAAUUUGAUCGUUUGACAGAUGAUCAGCUGGAUGAAUUGCCUGUGCUACCGCUCGUCAUAGCCAGAUGCGCUCCGAACACAAAAGUGCGCAUGAUAGAAGCGCUCCGUCGCCGCAGAGCAUUUAUGGCCAUGACUGGUGAUGGAGUCAACGACUCUCCUUCCUUAAAGAAAGCCGACGUGGGAAUUGCCAUGGGAAUGGCGGGAUCGGAUGUUGCCAAAGACGCCUCCGAUAUUGUCCUCACUGACGACAAUUUCGCCUCGAUCCUCAAUGCCAUUGAAGAAGGACGUCGUAUGUUUGAUAAUAUCCAGAAGUUUGUUCUCCAUCUUCUCGCCGAGAAUAUCGCGCAAGCGUGCACACUUUUAAUUGGUUUGGCAUUUAAAGACAGCACAGGUCUUUCCGUUUUCCCUCUGGCGCCUGUCGAAAUCCUGUGGGUCAUCAUGAUCACCUCCGGUCUGCCCGACAUGGGUCUAGGUAUGGAAGCUGCUAGCCCUGAUAUCCUCGAGAGACCUCCGCAAAAUCUCAAGCGAGGCGUGUUCACAUUUGAAGUGAUGUGUGACAUGCUAGCUUAUGGCCUCUGGAUGAGCGCACUCUGUCUCUCUUCUUUCCUUCUGGUACUGUAUGGAUUUGGCAAUGGCGACCUCGGGGCUGGCUGCAACGAUUCGUAUUCAGCCGAAUGCGAUACCGUGUUCCGCGCGCGAGCCACAACUUUCGUCAGCCUCACGUGGUUUGCCUUAUUUCUGGCGUGGGAGAUGGUUGACAUGCGCCGGAGCUUCUUCCGUAUGCAACCUGGAAGCAAACAUUACUUCACCCAGUGGAUAUUCGAUGUUUGGCGCAACCAGUUCUUAUUCUGGGCCAUCAUCGCUGGUUUCGUUACCAUUUUUCCCACCCUCUACAUUCCUGUCAUCAAUCAUGUUGUUUUCAAGCACACAGGCAUCUCUUGGGAAUGGGGCAUCGUCUUUGUUGAAGCCACGCUCUUCUUCCUAGGCAUAGAGUCCUGGAAGUGGGGUAAGCGGGUUUUCUUCAGGCAUCGAGCACGGAAAAUGGGUCAAACUGCGGAUGAUCUGGAGAAGAGAGCCUUUGGAAGCUUUACAGACCCGGAGAAGGCAGGUGAAGAAAUUUCAGAGAACAAACGGAAGUUCUGAGAAAAGUUGAAGUCGGUCCUGGGAAAGUUGACUUUUGCGAAGAGCAUUGGAAGGUUUCUAAAUUGCGCCGAUCACUGAAAACGGGGGACCUUAAUGAUUGACAGGCGUUGCUGAAUGGGUUGUACAACCAGCAAGCCACAAAGUGAUGCAAAUCGUGCCGGCUUUUAUCCUAGAAUAAUCAGAUCGAUGGAUGGAUUCGCCCACCUCGCUCGAUCGCUUCUAUAAGAGAGGGGAAUGGAGGGUGUAUUGUGAGAAUAUCAGGCCAUAGAGAUCCGUGGCAAGCUGAUAGAAGUGGGUAGCGAGGGAGUAUACGAUAUUGAAACUCGUGCACAUGAACAAACUGAAGCUACAUAGAACUCUAC